AUGUCUGCAGACGUACUGACCACCACUGCGCCUGAAAUAGACGACGCGUCAAGCGGCCUAGAAGAUGAAAUCGCGGCUCUACGUGCUCAGAUCCACAACCUUACCAAUCGCAGACAAUUUCUUUCAUCAAGCCUCCUGUCUACAAAUACAGUGCAAGAUGCGCUGCGCCAGCAUGUCCCGUCCGGGUUGGAAAAGAAUAUCGAACCCGUCAUUCUCAGCAGCGGAGAGCACGCGCGGACCAACCACCAUCGUAUGACAUUCUCCGUUACAUCCUUUCCUUUCAAGGACCCUUCACCCCAUGCAACAUCGCCCAACCUACUAGGUAUUCGAUUUGACAUUUGUACGCGCCAUGGAAAAUUUGUUCAACCAUACUAUUUGUUGUUGAAACACGUUGGCAGGCCAGAAAAGAAGAUUCUCCAAGUACAUCGCCAUACCAUUCCUGUAUUCAUACCGUUGAGUCAGCUGGAGCGAAAAUACCUUCCUGUGCCCCAGGGCACCAAUGAGGCAGAUUCUACGAGUACAAAACCUAGGAAUACUCCAAAGCAGGACUUACGCAGCCUCGUGCGGGAAUUGCGGCGGGAACUUGUCGCAUGGCACUUACGCUGUGAUGCUCUCAGGUGGCUCCAAGAGGAACUUGGUCUCCUAGACGAAAGCAACCAGGCCUUAUCAUCACAGCCUAGUACGCGUGAAGAUCAGCUGCCUGCGAAUGGCUUGGGCAUUGUAUCCGUUUCUGCAACGGCUGUCGAGGCGAGAUACAUUCGCAUUGAAUGGCGAGAUGGUCGUGUAGGUCGGAUAAAACUCUCUAAUAGUGGAUUUGUGGAGCGCGCUAUUAUCAUUGGUGAUGAGGGGAGAGAUAAAAUGACAGAAAACUUGCUGACAGGGGGAGACGGGCGUAUUGAAAGUGUUAUUGAAAGGCUACGGGGUGCCGUGAUGCCAGGAUGAGUAAGCCAUACAUCGCGGAUGGUUCCGAAUAACUGACGUCUUGACCCUGUGUCAUUGUCAUAUAUAUCUGACCUAUCGCCCAAUGCAAUUCACGCUAGUUGACCAGCCUCCAUGACCUGCACUAGGACUUCUGAUCGUGAGGAUCUGUCAGCUAUGGCAACCCAUCUUAUGGUGUUCACUGCGAAGUACCCACAUACUAUGGCGAUCAUGACCGGCCCUUAAUGAUAUUCAGUCGAAAUGCUUUCCCAGAAUGAGGUGGCAGCAUUAUGCUCUGCAUAUUUGCUUCUAGGCAACUGCAGUAUUACUUUAUUCGAAUCAGCCACCAACGAUCAUCCAAAACCUGGAGCUGGCCUUGACUCGAAGAGUGGAUGCCAAUCCUCUUGUCGGCAGGGGUGGUCCAUAUCCCGGAUUUGUUCGAAGGUUUAGUUGCUUGGUCAGAUCGUGAAUUUAAUGCCCGCGGUAAUGCACGAUUCUCAUACUCGAGGGAGUUGGAGUUUAGUAUGGGAGAGCAAUUGGAGUUAGAGAUCUAGGCCUCUGAAGCGAUACGAACCGGGAAUUUGCUCAGCCAUUGCGUAUGUCGCUGGCAAGAACAGAUAAAUGCCCUUCCUUUGUUUUAGCAAAAAAUACGUGUACAUGCUUUUUAUG